AUGCAGGAGAGAGCCACGACUGUAUAUUCCAAGCAUUCUAUUCAGAAAAGUUUCCCCUCUAUUACUGAAUCCGAUGCCGAGACCGAGGCAAACGUGGAAGACGACGAACUGGGAAACGUACUUGAACGGAUUGGGCGAAGAGGGUGGACGGGGAUCCUUUCGGGGACCAGGUCAUGUCAUCAUGCAGGAGGACCGUUGGAUUUGCCAGAGAUCAGAGAUCAGCGGUAUUGA